CUCUGCACUUGUUCACACUGGCACUGAAAGAGUAAACUGGAUGUCUGCAGUCGAAGAGGCUGCUCUAUAAGGCGCUGUCUUCUGUCCUGUGAUGCCUAAUAAGGGUCGCUGCAGUACCAAGAGGUAUUUACAUUGUGCACCAACCUGCAAACUCAAUGCAUUCCAUUCUUAGGGCAGGACGAGUGCAGACAUUUCCCUCAGCAGUGCACUCAACAUACCAUUAGAAGCAAAGGUGACUGAUAAUCCUCCAGUAUUAUCAGUGAGUGUGUCAGGAGGAGAUCUGGACUGCACUUUGAUCUCUUUAACUGAAUCAAAAACUAAUUCACAAUGAGUCAAAGCAGCGCGCCACUUUCUAAGCAGGAUUCUACGCCAUGCUUUGGGAGAGACAUGCCACGGCAUUUCCCAAGACUCUCGAUGAGCGAGGUGGACGAGACGGUGCGUCUCAUCGCAGAGAAGGUUUACGCCUCAGCCCUGAAGGAGGAAGACACCAAGGAUGCCAUGGCACUGUUCACGGUGCCAGAGGACUGUCCCAUUGGUCUGCAUGAGAACAUGGAGAGGGCACUGAAGAAGGAGUUGGCCGAGCAGCAAUCACAAGAAACUGUUAAGAAGAAGAAGAGUUUCAUGUUGAAACGCUCGCAGUCCAUAUCUUUACAGAUACCGGACAGUUUUGACGGGGCCCCGUCUGUGCCAUUCUCAUUGUUCCCCCUAGCCACAGCUGAGCCAUGUUUCCCAUCCAGUUUCCCAGACUUCCAGAGAGUUACAAUCAGCGGAGAUUACUGUGCAGGGGUUACAGUGGAGGAUUAUGAGCAGGCAGCCAAGAGUCUCCUUAGGGCCUUGCUUAUCAGGGAGAAAUACUCCAGACUGGCCUAUCACCGCUUCCCAAGGACAAUCGCCCGAUUCCUCCGCAGUGCUGAAAAUGAGAAGUGGCAGGAGGAGGACGAGACCUUGCCAGACAUCUGGCCUGCUCCUCAAGAGGGGGAGGACCCAUAUUCCACUGAAGGAAUUCCUGAGGACCUGAACUAUGUGCUGCAAGUAAAGAAUGGAAUAGUUCAUGUUUAUGAUAAUGCCGAUGCCCUAAAACAGGAGCAACCCCACAGCCUCCCUUAUCCUGACCUGGAGACUUUUGCCAUAGACCUGAGCUACGUACUCGCUAUGAUAGCUGACGGCCCAACGAAAACCUACUGUCACAGAAGGCUGAACUUUUUGGGUUCAAAAUUCUACCUUCAUGAAAUGCUGAAUGAAAUGGCAGAGCUAAAAGAGCUGAAAUGCGUUCCACACAGAGACUUCUACAACGUCAGAAAGGUGGAUACACAUAUACAUGCUGCUGCUUGUAUGAACCAGAAGCAUCUGCUGAAAUUUAUAAAGACCACAUACCAGACCGAGGAAGACCGUGUGGUUUUGGAGAAAGGCUCUCAGAAGAUCACACUCAAAGAAGUCUUCAGCAAGCUCCACAUGGACCCGUAUGACCUCACAGUGGACUCUCUGGAUGUGCAUGCUGGAAGACAAACAUUUCACCGCUUUGACAAGUUUAACUCCAAGUACAACCCAGUGGGAGCCAGUGAACUGCGAGAGAUUUACUUGAAAACCGACAACUACAUCGAGGGAGAAUACUUUGCACGUAUAAUCAAGGAAGUAGCAAAGGAGCUGGAGGAGAGUAAAUACCAGCAUGCUGAGCCGCGUCUGUCCAUUUAUGGCCGCUCUACCAGUGAGUGGCAGGGACUAGCAACGUGGUUCAUCCAGCACAAGGUGCACUCACCCAACAUGAGAUGGAUGAUCCAAAUUCCCAGGAUCUAUGACAUUUUCAAGUCAAAGAAAUUAGUACCACACUUUGCCAAGAUGCUGGAGAACAUUUUCCUCCCCCUUUUUGAGGCAACAGUCAAUCCAAAGAAACACAAAGAAUUACAUGUGUUUUUGAAAUACGUGACAGGAUUUGACAGCGUGGACGAUGAGUCCAAACACAGUGACCACUUGUUCACUUACAAAAGUCCAAAGCCGGAGGCAUGGACCACGGAUGACAACCCUCCCUACACCUACUACCUGUUCUAUAUGUACGCCAACAUCAUGGUGCUGAACAACCUACGCAAGGAGCGAGGGCUGAACACCUUCCAGUUUCGUCCUCACUGUGGUGAGGCUGGUUCCAUUACCCACCUCGUCUCCGCUUUCCUCACAGCUGACAACAUCUCCCAUGGACUCAACCUCAAGAAGAGUCCAGUGUUGCAGUACCUGUACUACCUGGCCCAGGUGCCCAUCGCCAUGUCUCCCCUCAGCAACAACAGCCUGUUCCUGCAGUACUCCAAGAAUCCUCUGCGAGAAUUUCUACACAAAGGCCUUUGUGUGUCGCUGUCCACUGAUGACCCCAUGCAGUUCCACUACACUAAGGAGCCUUUGAUGGAGGAGUAUGCCAUCGCUGGCCAGUUGUGGAAGCUGAGCACCUGUGAUUUGUGCGAGAUAGCGAGGAACAGUGUGCUGCAGAGUGGCCUCUCACACCAGGAGAAGAAACACUUCAUUGGUUCCAACUACCUAGAGGAAGGACCAGAGGGCAAUGACAUUCGGCGGACAAACGUGGCACAAAUCCGCAUGGCCUACCGCUACGAGACUCUGUGCAAUGAACUCAGUUUUCUUGUGGAUGCCGUGAAGGAGGAUGGCACUAACCCAGCUGAGUGAUCAACUACAACAGCACAAAUGGUGCCUUGAAAUGUCUGGGUAUAGUUUUGCACAGCAAACAACUUUUUUUUCACAAUUUCUUAUAAAUCUUCCGCAGUCAGCAAAAUGGUGUCCUUACAGUUUUGUUGUCCUUGUUACAGGCUUUUAGAGGGUUAUUUAAAACUGUGCUCGGCAGGAUCGCUACACAAAGGAUGCUUUGAGUUUCAUCCACAUGGUUAUUAAAUUACUCACACUUAAAGGCUGUUCUCUGUCCUGAGUUCAUCUCAUCAGAUGACAGGUGACCUGAGGCAAUCUCUCCAUCUCUAAAACUCUGUGCUCAUAUUGACAGUUAUUGUAAAACUCUCCUUCUUCUUUUUUUUUUUUUUAGAUUUAUUUGCUGUGUAGGAAGUAGCUGCCUUUACUGGAGUAGUGAUCCAGUGCUAGGUGGGACCUGUGUGCUGAGCAUGUGUAUAACACUGCUCUGGCUGUAGCCCAUGUUGGAAUCAAAUUUCCACUGUCAAAUGUCAAACUGCAGGCACAACAUGAGCAGAUAUAAACAAGACAAUUGCAACAAUUGCUCUGUGAGCUCAAUGCGUCACCAAAUAAUAAGUGGGUCCCCACAGAAAGUUUGGGAAACACUGUUAUAGUGUUCUUUCUCAUCUACAGCCUGCAGUGACAUGGGCACCAGUUAUGUAACACUGUGCAAGGAAAAAAUAACAUGUUUUAAACCAGUUCAUUUUUUUUUAACACAAAUUUGGUUAGGGAAGCCGAGUGUUGUCGGUAGUCUCCUAUGACUUUCAGAUUGUGCACCAUGUGAUGGGUCAAUGCUGAAGAUUUAGUUGCGAGGCUGUAAAUUAACCUAAAAAAACCUAAAUUACCUUAUGUUGAAAGGUUAUUGUAAAAUUAUUGAUCAAAAAUGCGCCAAAAAAUUCAUUAUUACAUUGAUUUUAUUUUUUGUAUUCAAAACUGUAUCAAUUAAAUUUGCCAAACCGCUUAAUUUUUCUGGGAUGGAGGUUGUUUUUAUUUGAAAGAAUGUUAUUUCUACUUAGAUAACCUUUUUGAUAGCAGAUAUUUGACAUAAAGUAAAGUAAAAAAUUGAAUGUACAUUUUUAGAAGCAACUGCAUAGUUGUUUUUUUUGUAUGUCACUUUAAUGUAGAUGUGUUUCAAAAUCCAUAGCAAAUGGUGCGAAGUGUAACUAAAUCUAAACGCUGUAAGAUUUUUCUAAUCUUUCUUAUGUUUGCCAUUUGUUAUAGUUUUUCAUACAUAAAAUAAACAAUGCACAACAGU